AUGAAAAACCUAUUGGUAGCGACCGUAUUGACGGCCGCGACUGCUGCUGCAGCCCAGAACGCCCCAUUCGUGCAAUGCCUCCAAACGGCCCUCAGCAACGAUACCAGCACUUGGAUGCUGCCGAACGACCCAAUGUUCUUGCAGGGAGAUGUACACCCCUACAAUCUCAACUACAACAUCGUUCCGGCCGCGAUUUCAUUCCCAAAGACCCAGGAGCAAGUAUCGGAAGUCGUGAAGUGUGCGAACGCCGCAGGAGUUGCAGUACAGGCGCGCAGCGGCGGUCAUAGCUAUGCGAACUAUGCAUUGGGAGGGUUCAAUGGCUCAUUGGUGGUGGAUAUGAAGAAUAUGGCAUCUUUCUCUUACAAUGAGGGUGACCACACGGUGACUUUUGGCCCGGGAAACCUUCUCGGCAACAUCUCCGAGAAGCUUCUACCUCUCAAGCGGGUUAUGGCAUACGGUGAAGUAGCCGUCAUCGGCACGGGUGGCCACUUGACCAUUGGAGGUCUCGGAACGCUCAGUCGCCAGCUGGGCGUGGGAGCCGAUCAAAUCGUGUCAGCGCAAUGUGUGCUCGCAAACGGCACCGCCGUGACAGCUAGUGCAAGCACAAACCCCGACUUGUUCUUCGCCAUCCGAGGCGCCGGUUUCUCUUUCGCUAUUGUCACAGAGUUCACUAUGAAGACUGCACCCGCGCCGACCGAGAUCACCAAGUACGCUUACACCAUCGCGGCCGACGACGCAAAUGCCUUCGCAAGCACAUUCCAAAAAUGGCAGAAGUUUGGCACGCAGAAGAAUCUCGACCGCCGAUUCUCCAGCACUAUGACUCUCAGCCAGGGCUCGAUGGUCAUCAACGGCAACUUCUACGGGCCGAAGUCCGACUUCGAUAAGCUGAACGCGCAGUCUAUCCUUCCUGCUAAUACCUCAACCGUCGUUGUGGAUGUCACUGUUGGCGAACUUCCGUUCCCAGGACUCGGCGACCCAGACCUGACAGCCAGCGGCAGCUUUCCCAUCCCGUUCUAUGCCAAGAGUGUCAAGACGCCAAGUCACAAACUGCUGUCGGACAAAGCCAUCAAAUCCAUGUUCUCCUACAUCAAUGGCACUGAGAAGGGAGCGCCCGUAUGGCUCGUGAUCUGGGAUCUCGAAGGCGGUGCCAUCGCCGAUGUGCCGCAGACCGCUACCGCAUACUGGCACCGCGACGCCGCCUACUUCAUGCAGAGUUAUGUCGUCAAUCUUGGAGGACCUGUCACCGACGCGUCCAAGACGUUCUUGUCUGGCCUUAGCAGCUUAGUGCAGAAGGAGACGUGCGAUGAUGGCGCGUACCCAGGCUACGUCGAUCCUGAGCUUUCGGACCCUCAGCGGGCCUACUGGGGCGGCAAUGUGCAACGUCUACAGCAGAUUAAGGCGGCGGUCGAUCCUGAUAAUGUCUUCCGCAAUCCUCAGAGUGUGCCGACUCAACACCAGGCUCAGCAGCGUCGACAGGUUUUCGUAGGGUCAGCGGUACAGUCGUACGCAGGGCAGUUUGGUCUGUUGGCUUCCUGCAUUCUGUUGGCGGCAAUCUUGUAUAUUUAA